AUGUGCAUCAACGACAGUUGUGUGCUAGGAUGUUAUGAUACUUGUACGGACUGCAAGUGUUAUACGGGUUAUUGCCACAAUCCAAUGUACAAGCGCUGUAUGCAGUGCUGUCACAGAACUUGCGGAACCUGCGAACCAUAG